AUGGAAAAAACCUUUCUCCAGAUUUCUUUGACUCCAAAAGAUAAAGACGCAGUUAGGUUUCUUGUGGCUAACAGUGAAAACGAUGUUCAAGUGUAUAGAUUCAAUCGAGUUCUUUUUGGUGUGAACUCGUCUCCAUUUCUAUUGGCCGCAACUAUAAAAACCCAUAUUGAGAAAUAUAAGGAACAAUAUCCCGUUACUGUGCGGACACUCGAUAGUUGUUUUUACGUGGACGAUCUCGUCGCUGGUGAAGACGACGUAUCAUCAGCAUUUGACUUGUCAAACACAGCAGCAAAAAUCAUGGAUGAUGCAGGGAUGAAUUUGCGGAAGUGGAUUUCAAAUGACUGUGAUUUAAUGAAACAAUGGCAGACAAAACAUUUCGACCAUUUAAAUAUUAACGAUUUCGUAAACCAACCACAUCGUGUUUUGGGACUUUCGUGGAGUCCUCAAAAUGACUAUGUUAGUCUUAAUUUAAAAGGUCUAUUGGACUUCCUUCUGAAAAGGAAAAAUACUAAACGAUUCUUGUUGAUGGCCGCAGGCAGAAUAUUUGAUCCAAUGGGAUUUGUAUCCCCCUUCACUAUAAGAUUUAAAAUCUUAUUUCAAGAAAUCUGGCAAAGUAAAACAGACUGGGACGAAGAGUUACUGCCAGAUGUUAAUGAGAAGUUUGAACAGUGGUGUUCAGAAGCGUCUUUCUUAGGUAAACUUCAGAUUCCUAGAUAUGUCCUUGAGUGUGAUAGUGAGAAUCCCCCAGAGUGUGAAAUACACACAUUUUCCGAUUCUAGCAUUAAAGCGUAUGGAGCUGUGUCAUAUUUAAGACUGAAAACUCCUAACAAAAUUUGUGUGUAUCUUUUAGCUUCAAAAUGCCGUGUGGCUCCUCUAAAGCCAUUAUCCCUUCCACGUUUGGAAUUAAUGGGUGCGUUACUUGCUGCGAGAUUGGCAAAAGAAGUAUCAAGAGUCCUCAGUGAGAAAAUACCAGCAACCAACCACUUUUGGACAGAUUCCACUAUAGCCUUGAGUUGGAUUCAAGGUUCCAGCAGCAGAUGGAAAGUCUUUGUCGCCAACCGUGUGAAGGAAAUACAAUCCUUGACAAACAAAGAUACGUGGCACCAUUGUGCUGGAAAGGACAAUCCAUCUGAUCUUCUUACGAGAGGCAUCAGCGCCGACUCACUGUUGAACUGUGAGAAGUGGUGGAAUGGACCGAGUUUCCUACAUGAAGAAAACAUUGUCCCUAAAAAUGAUGACGUGAUACUUAGUGAUGACAGUGUGUCAGGAAGAACUAAAAUCGUCUGA